CUUUUGUUGAUCUUGGCGUUAACUUUUUAGAUUGUGGGUAAAUUUGCUUUUGCUUUUGUUUUUCUGCUUUAUGGGUUGCUUCGUUAUGUCUCUAUAGCCAAAGGGUUUUCAUUAUUGUUUAUGCUAUGAUUUUUAUGUGCUCUACCCACUUGAGUAAUCUGUUGUUUGGCUCUCAUUCGUCUUCUUCUUUUUCUGUUCUUUAUUGAGAAAGAUUAGAUAUGGGGUUCUUGUUUAUUUGCGAGGAAUUUGUUGGUGAUUCUCCUCGUGUUAAUCGUAGUUGUGAUUCAUUUGCAUAAUCACUUGAUUUUUUUUUCUUCUUUUUUGCCCCUUUUUAGAGUUGCUACUUUUUUAAAGGUAUAAAGGGGGAACCAUUGAUGGCAAUGAUUUCUGAUAGACUUCUCUUCCACGAUAUGGCUUUCUUUACUUCACUUCUUAAGGUCACUUUUGUUGCUGAAUUUUAUAAAUCCUGUUAGACUGUGUUUCUCAGGAGAUCAAGGAGAGAAGAGCUUAUAAAGAUUCAUAUGAAUAUGUCUACCAAUGCUGCUGCUUGCGCUGAGAGAGCAACAAAUGAUGUGCUUAUCGCUCCUGAUUGGGCCAUAAAUAUUGAGCUCUGUGAUAUUAUUAACAUGGAUCCUCGGCAAGCGAAAGAUGCAUUGAAGAUACUCAAGAAGCGUCUCACGAGCAAAAAUCCUAAAAUACAACUUCUAGCACUCUAUGCAUUGGAGGCUCUGAGCAAAAAUUGUGGCGAUACUGUUUUUAAGCUGAUUGUAGAUCGUAAUAUCCUGCAUGAAAUGGUUAAAAUUGUAAAGAAGAAGCCCGACUCAACCGUACGGGAAAAAAUAUUAGCCUUGGUAGAUGCAUGGCAAGCAGCAUUUGGUGGUGGUUCCGAGGGAAAGUAUCCACAGUACUAUGUAGCCUACAAUGACUUGAAGAAUGCUGGAUUUCGAUUUCCACCAAGAGAAGAGAACGUUGAGCAAUUCUUUAGUCCACCUCAGAUACAGCCAGUCAUUGAAGACCCUGUUUCAGCUUAUAAUGAUCUUGCUGUUCAGGCUUCUCUCCAGUCUGAUUCUUCUGGUUUAAGCUUGCCAGAAAUUCAAAAUGCACAGGGACUGGGAGAUGUUUUAUUGGAAAUGCUUGGUGCGUUGGACCCUAAGACUCCAGAGGCUUUGAAGCAAGAAGUGAUUGGUGAUCUUGUUGAUCAAUGCCGUUCCUACCACAGCCGUGUUGUGAUACUUGUGAAUGAGACGACAGAUGAGGAAUUGCUAUGUCAAGGAUUGGUAUUGAAUGACAGUCUGCAGCGUGUACUCAGCUACCAUGAUGACAUUGCGAAAGGAACAUUUACGAUGGAAGCUAGAAGAACAGAACCUCCUGUUCCAUCGGUUCCGUAUAUCAACCCUGAGGAUGAUGGGUCCGAAGAUGACUCUACACCGUUAUCUCGAAGGCCAACGAGGGAUCACAUUUAUGAGAGGGACAGGAAAUUGGCAAAUGGCCAAUCAUCUCGAGUAAGUCCACUUCCUUCACCCUCAUCAAAGACGACGGCUGUUGUGGAAAUGAUCGAUCAUCUUAGCGGUGAUGUGUACAAGCCUGAAGGGUCUCCAAGGAUAGUAGAGCCACCAUCAACUUCUUCACCUUUCUACACUAGACAACCUUUGUUUGACGAACCACCUCCAAGAAGCAUGCCCACUAAUCCACUCCUCACAACACCUCGGGAUGCUCAAUCUCCUAGCGGCCUCCCUCCCCCACCCUCCCGGUAUAAUCAAAGACAACAAUAUUUUGAGCAACAAAAAGCUGGUACAGGAGGCAGUCAGCCCCAUCUGAGCAACGAUUAUAGUUCUUAUGACAACAUGGUGGGGAAUACCAAGAAUCUUUCACUCAGUCCUACCCCAACCAGAUCCGCGGAGCAUGAAGAGGCCCUUUUCAAAGAUCUGGUGGACUUUGCCAAGGCCAAGUCAUCUUCCUCAAAAUCCAACCGACCAUUCUGAGAACCGAGUAGUGAAGUCUGACCUUGUUUUCUUUUCCUUUUUUUUUUUUUUGUCAUCGUCGUCGUCCUUGGCAGGUGAUCGUGGGGUUCCCUGACGAGUUUGUAUAUUUAUGAAUCAUUCAUUUUGUAAGGAAUUAGGUGUUAGAAUUUGUUCAUAUUGUUUGGAUGGGUGUUAGAGUGAGCCAUUGAUAUGCAUAUUAAUACAUUGUCUUACGGUUGUUACUAUAAAAAGCUUAAUUUUAUAAAUUUGGAUUUUAAAAUUUGAUGGAUA